AUGGUUCGCUCCAUGCUUGUCGCGGCCCUGGCCGCCACUUCCACUGCGCUCUCAGUCAAGAGGCUGGAAGCAAACCAGGAAGAUCUGUUCACGAUCGAGGUUGCCCCAGGAGUUACCCAGGUCGUAAACGAGGACGAAAAGUUUGCGCUGAAGAUGGGCGGCAAGAACUUCAUCGACAUCACGAACCACCCCAACCUCGCCUCGUCAGCAGCCGCCAAGAAUGCCGCCAAAUUCGCCGCGGUCUCCUACCCGACCGAGAUGGCGCACACCGAUACGAUCAACGACCUGAUCACCAAGCUCAGCACGACCGACAUGGAGAGCCGACUGACCACGUUCUCGGAGAUCUACAACCGCUACUACAAGUCCGACACGGGCAAACAAGCGUCGGACUGGAUCUUCUCGCAGGUACAGUCGAUCAUCGCGGAGAGCGGCGCCGCCAAUGCCUCUGUCUCGGCCUUCAGCCACACGUUCGCCCAGCAGAGCAUCUUGGCCACGAUCCCCGGGCAGUCCGAGUCCAAGAUCGUCGUCGGCGCGCAUCUGGACUCGGUCAACGGACGGAACAAGUCUGGACGGUCUCCUGGUGCUGACGACGACGGCUCAGGCUCCAUCACCACCCUGGAGGCCUUCAAAGCGCUCCUCUCGGAACCCCAAAUCGCCGCGGGCGAGGGCACGCACACGCUCGAGUUCCACUGGUACGCGGGCGAGGAGGGCGGCCUGCUGGGCAGCUCGGAUGUCUACGACGCCUACGCCUCGGCCGGCGCCGUGGUGAAAGCCAUGCUGCAGCAGGACAUGACGGGCUACAACCAGGCGGGCCCGAUGGGCGUCAUCGGCGACUACGUCGACGCGCCGCUGACGAAUUAUGUGAGGAAGGUCAUCGACGCCUACACGGCCAUCGGCUACGUCGACUCGGCGUGCGGCUACAGCUGCUCGGACCACGCGUCGGCGGCCGCGGCUGGGUACCCGUCUGCGUUCGUCAUUGAGGCUGAUUUCGACUUGAUCAGCCCGUAUAUCCACACCGCUGACGAUACCCUGGAGACGGUGAGCUAUGAGCAUAUGCUGGAGCAUGCCAAGAUGGUUGUCGGCUUUGCUUACGAGCUCACGUUUGCGGACCUGUGA